AUGAGAGAACUUCGACCACUGAUUAAGCAAUCAGUUGACACUAUUGCAAGAGCACUCGGAGAGAGCGAUGAUCUCAUUAGCAAGAGAUCGAAUCUGCUGAGGAAGCUGGAAGAACUUGGAGGCCUCACAACUGAUAUCAUUACUGCAUUGCGGAAGCUCUCUAACAACGAUAGGGACCUGGUGACAUUUUAUUCGUUGGAGGCAGAUGAAUAUAAGAUGGCUUUUGUUAGGGGAUUGCUUGGAUGA